AUGAACGGCAGCACGACGAACCUCACUGCAGGAAACUCCACGGUGUUCUCGACUUUCUGGAAGUGUUUUUCCUGGUACAUGGAAAACAGCAUAGAGUACGACCUGGCUGUAGCCGCGUGCUGUCAUCUCCCCAAUCCGUUUGCGGACGAGAACAAGAAAGUCGGGAUCGCCUCCGCCGCUGUCGGGACAGUCGCUCUCCUCAUGAACGCCGUGGUUCUGUCCGGAGUGCUGAAAAACCAUCAGCUGUCUAAACCCAUGUACAUGUUCGUGGCCAACCUGGCUACGGCCGACUGUGUGACGGGCUUGUUCUCGUUCUUCCUCUGCGCAAGAUUCUUCCAGUUAGAACUCUCUCGACCGUGGCCAACGAUGUGCUUGCACUGUAUCUUCUUUCUAGUGUUGGCCCUAUCAGCAGUCGGCGUGGUCCUCCUGUCCGUGGACCGCUAUCUGUCCAUCCUCCACCCGAUAUUCUACCAGACCCGCAUGUCUGGGCGACACGUUGCCGUGAGUUUGGGGAUCGCGUGGCCAGCUUGUGUGCUUGUGUGCUUGUCUCCUCUCAUGGGCUGGAACUGCAUCAAUAUGAACACAGAAACCUGCAUAACGACCCUGCCAUUAAGUUACCUGAUUCUGUUCAACAGCAUCUUGUUCAUGGCCGUAGUCAUAGUGGUCUUCGUCAACGUCAGAAUCUUCAUCGAACUGAAGCAGCGCUUCUCCAGAACCAAGCCCCCCGGGAACCCCCAGGACAACCUGCCCGCCGCACGCCGCAGGGAACAGCGAGUCGCGGCCAGACAAUACCGGCAGUUACAAAACGUAUGGAAGAUGCAGGUGACCGUUCUCAUCAUUGCAGCGGUGUUCAUCAUCUUCUGGCUGCCGAUCUGUAUCGGGGGUGUGCGGCAGUUCGUGUGCUUUGCGAGAGAAGACUGUGAGAUAGAGGCAAAGCCGUACUGGGGUUUGCUGGUGGCGCUCUGUAAUUCGGCGAUCAACCCGGUCAUCUACGCACUCAAGAUCAAGAAGAUUCGGGAAGCCGUGCAUCGCAGGGCGCGACGACUCGCCACCGCGGUUCGGGAAAAGUUGGGGUGGUCAUCGAAUCGAGUGGUGAACAUUCAGAUUGUUGGAGAUCCGCGAGCAAUGGACGUACAUGUAGGAUCAAGCGCGGACAAUCGGACGGACCAGCCGCUUAAAUGGGCGGUCAGUCGAAGAGCCAAUCCCAUAAACCGUAUUGGAGAUGAGGGGACAAUGGACGCUGUUGCAGGACCGAGUACGGACAAGCGGACUGACCAACCGCCUUUUAAAUGGACAACAGUAUAG